UCCAUAAUAUUACUCGUACUCAGCCUUUGUCCAUUUCCAAACUUAAGGGUACCUGUAUAAGUCCUAUCUCAGCCAUGAUCAAGAAGCCGCAUGCACCCCAAACAGGCAAGAGCCAAACCAAGACUCCAGAGGAGAGCAAAAAGAAGACAUCACUGCGGAAGGACAACAGCUGGAUCAGAAAAGAUCAAUCUGAUCAAUCCCUAGACUCUCCAGAUAAAACCAGCACCAUCACCAGUCCAACUCAAACAUCAUCGGUCCAGGCGCUGUCUAAAAGAUUCAGUAGAAGUCAUGAUGAGCUGGAUUCAAGCAGAGAACUCAACAAUCUUGACAAAUCACCUGCCUCAACCCUCAAAACCUCUAUGAGCACCAAGACCUAUACUAAUGAUGAUUAUCCAACAUCAGAGACCACAUCUCAUACCAUCAGCUCCAAAUCCAGCUCUCCAGAUAAAACCAGCACCAUCACCAGUCCAACUCAAACAUCAUCGAUCCAGGCGCUGUCUAAAAGAUUCAGUAGAAGUCAUGAUGAGCUGGAUUCAAGCAGAGAACUCAACAAUCUUGACAAAUCACCUGCCUCAACCCUCAAAACCUCUAUGAGCACCAAGACCUAUACUAAUGAUGAUUAUCCAACAUCAGAGACCACAUCUCAUACCAUCAGCUCCAAAUCCAGCUCUCCAGAUAAAACCAGCACCAUCACCAGUCCAACUCAAACAUCAUCGGUCCAGGCGCUGUCUAAAAGAUUCAGUAUAAGUCAUGAUGAGCUGGAUUCAAGCAGAUCACCUGUGAAGUCUGAUACUCCAAAGAUACAUUCUAAAACAACUGUGACAGAAGAACCAAAGACGAGCAUUACCACUACAACAGUUCCAGAUGCUACAAAGACUACUGUAACCACCACCAGGACAUCUGUGGUGAAAUCACCAUCCAAGUCUGAAAUACUUACUGAGAAGGUCCUGGCAGAUGCAAAGGCCACUUAUGACGGCUCAAGUGUGUCCAAGACAGAAAUCAUGACUGUGACAAUUUCUAAGGAAACCACAAACCUAGAACUCAACAAUCUUGACAAAUCACCUGCCUCAACCCUCAAAACCUCUAUGAGCACCAAGACCUAUACUAAUGAUGAUUAUCCAACAUCAGAGACCACAUCUCAUACCAUCAGCUCCAAAUCCAGUGCUGAGGACCAGUUGUCUGAUAUCCCCAUACCAACCUCACUCACGUCAGCACACCCAUCGCCUGCCACCAGAUCAGACGAUUAUUUUUCUGAUACACGGGUCUCCAACAAGACUGUGUCUUCAACACCUGAUAGAUAUGACAGGUUCAGUAGUGUUAAGAGCUCAUCUAAGACCUACACCACUUACACAGACAGCAGACCUGAAGACUAUCUCUCUGAUACCUUUACAUCAAAGACGGUUAAAAGUGUGUAUACAACACCUGAGAGGAAAGUGAGUGAAAAGGAUAUGUGUACAUACUGCCACAAGCCCAUGCAAUGUGAGACCAAGAUGAUCCUGGAGGACAUAAACCUAAAGUGCCAUGCCAGCUGUUUUAAGUGCGAGGUGUGUAAGAGUCCUAUGGGACACCUGAAGGCAGGGGACACCAUGUGGAUCUACCAGCGCACUGUGCACUGUGAAAACUGCUAUGGUGCCACCAGGGAGAAGUGGCAUCGCUGAAGCAAACCUAUGAAGAGCACAGAAAUGAAGGAAUUCCGUGUGUUUGACACUUUUACAGGGUUGUGGUUCGCUAAAUCUUUGUUACACUACUCUUUCAGGGAUGUAUCAGAACGUUUAAUCAUUUGGAAAUACAGGAUAGUCCACAAAAAAGUUGGCGAAUAUUUCUUUGUUAUAAUUGCCUUUAAUAUUUCAUCCCACCUGUCAGCUUUAUUUUGACUAAUUUCCAACAGAAAUUAUCGUAACGUCUUCCGAGAUCCGUGGAUAUAUGUUAUUUUAUGUAUUAGCAACGAAGAACGGCAGAUUUUUUAACUCCUUGUUUAUGUUAUUCUUAGUUAUGAUUGUUUAUGAUUGACUGUUCACGUCCAUUGUGUAU